UUACGGACUCCGUUGCCCGGCAACGCCAUCAGAGACUCCCGGCACCGCGCGCGCUGAAGACGUCAUUCCCUAACAACAAACAAAGGCUUCCGUAGCAACCGGCUCCUUAAACAGGAGAAAGCAGCAUCUGAUGGAUGAGACGGUGAAACAUCUGAGGGCUCCUCCUCACACCUCCAUCUACGCUGACCAACACAACAUCUCUAACCUGGUGCAGACCAUGUUGUCCAGCCUGGUGGUUGAUCAGCCUGAGGAUCCGAUCACUUACCUGAUCCGUCUGCUGCAGAGGACCACUGUGGACAUCCCCAGGGUCCUGGUCCUGGGUCCUCCAGCUGUUGGUAAACUCUCAGUGGCCAAAAAGCUGAGUGCUGAGCUGAGAGUCGUCCAUGUGACCACAGACAGUCUACUGGAGGACCAAUCAGAGUGGAGCACACAGGAGCUUCCUGCUGAUCAGAUGGUCAGACGGAUUCAACAGAGACUGAAUGAGAUCGACUGCUUCAACAGAGUAAGAUACUCUAUGUACAAAGUACUGUGACUAUCUAACAAAGUACUGUUACUAUCUAACAAAGUACUGUUACUGUCUAACAAAGUACUGUUACUGUCUAACAAAGUACUGUUACCGUCUAACAAAGUACUGUUACUGUCUAACAAAGUACUGUUACUGUCUACAAAGUACUGUUACUAUCUAACAAAGUACUGUUACUGUCUAACAAAGUACUGUUACUAUCUAACAAAGUACUGUUACUGUCUACAAAGUACUGUUACUA